CAAAUUUAAGACGACAAAAUUUGACUUUUUGCUAAAAAGAGAAAGAACGAAAAGGUGGGCUUGGGCUAGCCUAGGGCAGGCUAUGCUGGAUCAGUGCCAAUUGCGUCUGUAUUUGUUAAAGAAUAAUAACAAAAAGGUGUCUAGAUUCAAUGUAUCCAAUGAGAAACAAAGAGUUAGGAAUCCGCUAUAAAUGCGGAGAUGCACGGUACAAGUAUAAUAAACCCUAAAAGCCGUCUAUAUUCAUUCAUAAUCCCAAACACUCGGGGAUUCUUUCUCUUCCCACAACUGAAACUCUUGUCUCUCUCUCAACUCUUCUGUAUUAAUAUCCGAUUCUCUCUUCCUUGAAAAAAAUAUCACAAUUCCUUUUUUAAAAAUCUCCUCCUAGCUUCUUCCUCUUCCUCCUCCUAAAAGAGACCGAACACAUCCAAGAUGGUCUUGUGGGUGUUCGGAUAUGGAUCUUUGAUAUGGAACCCAGGUUUCGAUUUUGAUGAGAAACUCAUUGGCUAUAUCAAAGACUACAAACGUGUAUUCGAUCUCGGGUGCAUUGAUCAUAGAGGCACGCCUGAACAUCCUGCAAGAACUUGCACGUUGGAGGAAUCCACCGGAGCAAUAUGCUGGGGUGCAGCUUAUUGUGUUCGUGGAGGACCCGAGAAGGAGAAGCUAGCGAUGGAGUACUUGGAAGGAAGAGAGUGUGAAUACGACUCAAAAACACUCGUUGAGUUUUACACGGAAACUGACACCACCAAACAGUCCAAACCAAUCUUGACCGGAGUUAUAGUAUUCACGUCAACCCCAGACAAAUUGUCAAACAAAUACUACUUGGGCCCUGCUCCAUUGGAGGAGAUGGCGAUGCAAAUCGCCACAGCUUCUGGACCUUGUGGAAACAACCGGGAGUAUCUUUUUAAGCUGGAGAAAGCAAUGCACGACAUAGAGCAUGAGGAUGAGUAUGUGAUUGAAUUGGCAAAUGAGGUCAGGAAACAUCUCGACUUACCAAAGGAAGUCAAGGCAUUGCUGAAGCCUGUGGUUUCUCGUGUAUCCAUCAAAUCUCAUUCUCAAGCUCAUGCUUCCACUCUUCAACGAGUCUUUGCAUCAUGAGAGUCAAGCAAAGUCAUGGAGCUAACCAACACGUUGAUGAAGAGUUUUUACGGAUGUGACUUUUAAUUUAUAGCUCCACUUUUAUUUGUUUUCACAUUUGAACUUUCAAAAGUUUCGACUCAGAAAACAGACCUUUAUAUAUUUCUUUACUCUGUCGUCAGUGAGCAUUUAUAACACCAUGAGGUGAUAUCUAAUUGUUGAGAAUAACUAGAAUCUUUCGCUCUCACCAUAACAAAGACCAAUUACAUGCCAA